ACUGCAGCAGCUAGCCUAACCAUUUUAUCUAAGUCUUUCUCCUCAAAAAGGGUCGAACUACUAAAGAUGUCGGCGAAUUACAUCCCUCGUGGACCAUUGCUGAUACUCGCAGUACUGAUUAUUGCUGUUUUUGUGCUUCGUUCUUUUUUCGGUGUUCCUAAAUUCGGGAGGAAAUAUAGUGCAGAUUUUGUUCACAAACCUGCUGGAUCCAUCAGAAUCAAGAUGCUUACAUUUAAUAUUUGGUUUUCUCCGGACAAAAUGGCCGAAAGGAUGGAAGCACUGGGGAAAAUCGUGCAAGAUCUCAAACCUGAUAUUUUAACUUUUCAAGAAGUUACUCGCGUAAACUUAGGAUUACUCCGAAAACAGCCAUGGUUUUCUCGAUAUCACCUAACACCGCCUGAUGCUGAAAGACACCCUGGGUAUUUUGUCGUUAUUUUAAGCAGAUUUCCGAUCGAAAAAUGGCAGACCUACCCGUUUGAAGAUUCUCCAUAUCAGCGUGAACUUUUGACCGCAGAAAUCAAGUUCAAUUUGGCGCCAAAGACACGGAAGUUUGUGAUUGCAACAACUCAUUUGGAGCAUUCUGGCAGAUCUUCCAAAUUGCGAGAAAAACAUCUAAAGGAGACCGUGAAAAUGCUUUCUACGUUUGAAAAUGUUUGUGUGAUGGGUGAUAUGAAUCUGGAACGUCAAUUUGAUGGUGAUGUCGUUCUUCCUGUGCAGUGGAUUGACGCGUGGCUUGCAAUUCCUGGACAUACAGACAGUAAUGGUUACACUUGGGACGAGAGGAGAAAUCCAUUCAUUGUGAGAGAGAGAGAAUCAACUUUGAAGGAUCGCCUGGAUCGUGUCUUUUGCAAACUAUCAGGCUUUAAAGUGAAAGAGGUAACAGUUGUGGAUGAUAGAAUGACAAAAUCUGGUGUCCUUCCAAGUGAUCAUUUUGGUAUUUUUACUGUUCUUGAAGCAUCAAAGAAAACCAGUUACAACAAAAAGAAUUCCCAGGCUGAAAAGGGGGUUUAUUUCAAGAGGCCAUGAGGAUGGGAAAAGUUAAUUAAUCUGUAGUUCACCCAUGUAGAUGGAAAAGAAAAAACAGGGUACACCUUAAGGCAGAUGCUUCGUAGAGUUUUUGGUAGAGGUACCCUUCUCAGGCCACAGUUCUCCACCCUUGUACUAGGUGAGGGCUGGGGCAGAGGCAAGCACUGUCUUAAAAUGUUUCGGCCACAAUAUAUUUUAUUGUUCAACAUAAAGAAGCAGUUUUAAUUGUGUAAGCUCAACUUGCUCAGUUUGUUGACUUCAUGUGUUAUCAGAACAGGUGAGAAUGGAAUGAAAUGCAUGUGUUCAUAUUCUCAUGAAGCAGUGACAAGAUACAAAGAUUUCAUGUUUCUCCCUGGUGCGAGACAAAAAUGCAGUUGUUAGACACAUUAUUGUUUAAUAAAUGUUUUGGUUGGGUCA